GAAGAUGUAAACGAAGAAGAAGACGACGUCGCUUACUCGAUUCAGAUAAUGUCUGCGCUUGCUCGAUGCUCUCCUAUCUACUACAACUGCGAUGCCUGCAAGUGUGUAUCUUCUUCCCAAAACCACCAGACGAACGAGAACCGGAAUCUCGUAACCAACCGGAGAUUCUCCAAACCGAACCGGCUAAUUCUCCAUAACCGAUCCAAGAAGCUCAACGAUCCUUCACUCACCCGCGCUCUGCGCGAUUUCGCAGACUCGGGCCUCAUGGAGGACGCACUCCACCUGUUCGACGAAAUGAACAAAGUCGAUACUUUCCUAUGGAACGUGAUGAUCAAAGGCUUCACCGCCUGUGGCUUACACCACGAAGCGCUUAGAUUCUAUCGCAGAAUGGUGUUCACUGGAAUCAAAGCUGAUUCGUUUACAUUCCCUUUCGUGAUCAAAUCAGCCGCUGGAGCUUCGUCGUUGUCACAAGGGAAGACGGUUCACGCGGCGGUGAUCAAGCUCGGGUUCGAUUCGGAUGUCUACGUUUGUAACUCUCUUAUAUCGUUUUACAUGAAGCUUGGGUGCGAAAGGGAUGCAGAGAACGUGUUCGACGAAAUGCCUGAGAGAGACAUCGUCUCGUGGAACUCCAUGGUUUCUGGGUUUCUCGCGGUUGGUGAUGGUUUAAGGUCGUUGGUUAUGUUUAAAGAGAUAAUGAGAUUCGGAUUUGAACCGGAUAGGUUUAGUAUCAUGAGCGCUCUUGGCGCUUGUUCUCAUGUGGAGGAUUGUUUGAGAAUGGGAAAGGAGAUACAUUGCUAUGCUAUUCGAAGUGGGAUCGAAGAUGUUAUGGUGUUGACGUCGGUUCUUGACAUGUAUAGUAGAUAUAGUGAAGUUAGUUAUGCAGAGAGGGUGUUUAACGGUAUGAGCAAUAGAAACAUUGUAGCUUGGAAUGUUAUGAUAGGGUGUUACGCUAGAAACGGGAGAGGCGUUGAUGCUUUUCUCUGUUUUCAGAAAAUGUCAGAGAGGACAGAUGUUAUCACGUUGAUUAAUCUUCUUCCCGCUUGUGAGGAGAUCUUGGAGGGACGAGCGGUUCACGGGUACGCAACGAGGAGAGGGUUUCUUCCUCACGUAGUGUUGGAAACUGCUCUGAUUGAUAUGUAUGGGGAAGGUGGGAAGGUGAAGUCAGCUGAGGCUGUGUUUGAUCGAAUGGGGGAAAAGAAUUUGGUCUCAUGGAACUCGAUGAUCGCUGCGUAUGUGCGGAACGGGGAGAACUAUUCAGCUUUGAAGCUGUUUCAAGAGCUAUGGGAUUGGGAUUGGGAUUCAUCAUCUCUUGUGCCUGAUUCCACAACAAUCGCUAGUAUUCUACCAGCUUAUGCAGAAUCUCUCUCCCUGAGUGAAGGUAGACAACUCCAUGCCUAUGUAGUAAAAGCUAGAUACAGUUCAAACACCAUUGUAUUGAACUCACUUGUUCACAUGUACGCCAUGUGUGGAGACCUCGGGGACGCGAGAAAGUGUUUCGACCAGGUCGUGUUUAAGGAUGUUGUUUCGUGGAACAGCAUCAUCAUGGCUUACGCGGUACACGGUUUUGGGAGAAUCUCUGUUUGCUUAUUCUCAGAGAUGGUUACUACUAGUGGAGUAAGUCCGAACAAGAGCACAUUCGCGUCGCUGUUAGCAGCGUGUAGCAUCUCCGGUAUGAUCGAUGAAGGAUGGGAUUAUUUCAACUCGAUGAAGAGAGAAUACGGGAUCGAUCCUGGGAUAGAGCAUUACGUGUACAUGGUCGAUCUCAUUGGUCGUACAGGAAACCUCAGCUCAGCCAAGAGAUUCAUCGAAGAUAUGCCGUUUGUGCCAACGGCUCGGGUUUGGGGAUCUUUGUUGAAAGCAAGUAGAAACCACAACGACAUCACCGUGGCUGAGUUCGCAGCGGAACAGGUGCUCAAGAUGGAACACGACAACACGGGAUGCUAUGUCUUGCUUUUGAAUAUGUAUUCAGAAGCUGGAAGAUGGGAAGAUGUUGAUAGGAUCAAGCUUCUCAUGAAGAGCCAAGGCGUAUCUAAAACAACGAGCUGCAGUACCGUUGUGACGAGAGGAAGAACUCAUGUGUUCACAAACGGAGACAGAUCCCACGUGGAGACUAACAAGAUUUAUGAAGUCUUGGAUAUUGUCUCGAGGAUGGUUGAGGAAGAAGAAGAAGAAGAAGAGAGUUAUGUUCACUGUGUUUCGAAAAUGAGACCAGAGACUCUAUUAAAGAAAAAACGCAAUUCACCAAGAAGACAUUCGGUAAGACUCGCCACGUGUCUUGGAUUGAUCUCCACGGAAACAGGAAGAGCAGUUGUGGUGAGGAACAACACGAGAAUCUGCAGAAGAUGUCACGAGUUCUUGGAAAAGGCUUCGAAAGUGACGAGAAGAGAGAUCGUUGUGGGAGAUUCAAAGAUUUUUCAUCACUUCUCUAAUGGUUGUUGCUCGUGUGGAAACUACUGGUGAAAAAAACCCUGGUUGUGGCUAAGUUAGGUGCAUGUUCUUGGAAAAUGUAAAAAGGAAAAAAAAAAGAAGACUUGGCAUAUGUUAAAAGAAGAUAACAUACAAA